AUGACGUUCAGCCAGUCUAGCAGUGCCACUCCUACCCCGCUCGACUCCGCUUGGCCGCCGGCCCACAUUUGGGAAACCAUAGGUACGGCAGACCGUGCCAGCUGGCUAGGACAGAUACAGAGAGACCGGGCUAGGCGCCUUGAAUUGGAUGUAGCGGAGACCGACCUCCGCCGCAGAAGGCCUCGUGUGGACCUUCAAGAUGAUGAUACUCUCGAAGAAAACCGUGAGCCACUCCCCGAAGUUAAACCACUCAUCGACAUAUUUCCUGGUGUCUCCGCCGCCCUUCUUACUCGCGUCUUUGAGAGGAAGUUGAAGGCGACUGAACUCAUACGCUUCAAAGAGAAGUCAGUCACCGAGCUAGAUCAGGAGGACAGAGUCUUCAAGAUGACCGAGUUAGGAGGCACAGUAGGCUUCAAAAAGGCAGCAGCGUCGCUUAAGGACUGGGGCCCCAACCCUCAAAUAUAG